CUUCAAGAAGAAUUCAAUUCGACCAGACAACAUCUCUCAGAGCAACGAUCGCCGAAACUAAACAACCGAAAAUUGUCACCGUCCACUUUUGGUCUCCUAGCAAUACCGGCGUUGCAUAUUGCUUCUAGAAAUCCUGACAGUCUCUUCAUUCAGCAUAAAUCCUUGUUGAACAGGAAAGGUCAUAUGUAUGCAGCGAAAUGGCUGUGGAAUCGUUUAAUGACAGGUCCCGAGUAUAAUCUUUCGAAAGCAGUUCUUUCUGAAGAUGCAUAUUUUUGUCCAUCGGCGGGAUGUCCCUAUUUUCGUACAGUGACCAAUCGACAUUCUUGUCAAGUUAUUACGGAAGAGGAAUGGCAACGAUCCACUAGGACGAACUCUUCAGCGAAUGGAGUGAGCAAAAAGCAGUCGAAGCGACGAGAAGCCAUCAAGCAGCAUCUAAUACUCGUUAUUACAGUUAUUGUUGUUUCGGCGUUUAUCUCAGUUACUUUCUUCGGUACCAUAUUCUACCGAAACAGCUUGAAGGCCACGAAACCUCGAUUCGAGGCGACGCCAGGGGUAUAA